GUCCUUGUUCAAUGUCUUUGUUAAAUCGGUUGUUGUUUUUCCGUGCAAUCAAAUCAGCUGAUGCUUGUUGUGUUCUGUGUGACAGUUGCUGGCAAGUAAUCACGUACUAUUCGUGAAUGUUUAUUUUAAAAAUAGUGAUCCGCAAUUAAUAAAUCACCAAAAUUUUACGCGUAAUACUUUCGAAACAUCCGCAAAUCGGCUGGACAACGUCUUUGUUUGAUGGACUAGAAAUCUCCGUCGUAAUUAUGAAAAUGUCAGCCAUUCGUUGCUAGUUCUUUUGUGUUGCGAAAUGACGCAGUUGAGAAUUAGAUAGUUUCUAUUGAAAACCUUAUAGAUUUUGGACAUCUGACAAUGUCAGCAAACUCUCCCAACCACCUCCGUUCAGAAUCUCUGGACACACACAACAUAGUAACACCACAACCAGUUACUGAUCCAACUAUUUUGGAUAGUGUCGCAGGAUUUAUCAGUGACGUUGUGCCCACUACUGGUGGAGACUCCUUCGACUCUAAGGACCAAAUUCAGUGGGCUAGAUUUGAGAACUUGGAUUUUGAUGAUGCCAACUCCUCAUCUGCCACCGAUAAAGGGCUUCCAUCCAGUCUAAUUAUUGUUUUAGGAUAUUCAACAGGAGUUCAAGUUUGGGCUGUGCCAGCAAAUGGAGAAGCCAUUGAACUAUUUUCCUGGCGUCACGGUGCAGUCAAAGUCCUGAGGUUACUACCGGCGCCCUAUGAAGUUGGAGGUCUAAACAAACGGGACACAUUUGAAUCUAAACGCCCAUUGAUUGCCUUGGUAGAUGUUUCUAUGCAUGGAUCAUCUUCUGGCUCUUUAAAUUUUUGUUCUUUGAAGACCGGCGAUCAGGUUAAGCAAAUAAAAUUCAAAAGUCCAAUCCUAGACGUCGUUGCAAACCGACGUUCUGUGGUGGUAACAUUUUCGGAGAAAAUCGCUGUAUUUGAUGCCUUCACUCUGGAAGACAAGCUGACCAUAACGUCUUGUUAUCUCAGUCCCGGCAUCCAGGCAAAUCCAAUUGCUUUAGGGCCUAGAUGGUUGGCGUUUGCCGAGAAGAAACUGGUGACUUCUCGAAGAAGCAGUGGCGGAAAUGAGGGCGAAGGAGUGCAGAGUUACACAGCUACGGUACUACAUGCUGCCAAAUCGCUAGGGAGGGGCUUAAGGGAACUUGGAGAUGCUGUAGCAUUAAGCUUAACCGGAAAUCAAGUUAGCAAAUUAGGUACAUCUCCAAACAGUCCUCAGGCGGGAUGUUCUGCUGAUGUUCCGCAAAAAGGCAUUGUUACUAUCCUCGAUGUAGAGAAUACAUCUUCCCAAAACGCAGAUGGUUCUCAUCAUCCCGAAUCCAUAGUUGCUCAUUUUGUGGCGCACUCUGAAGCUAUAGUAUGGCUGCAAUUCGGACCGUGUGGACUGCUUUUACUUACUGCCGAUAAAAGAGGGCAUGAUUUUAACUUAUUUAAAAUUUACCCUCAUCCAAUUGGGUCUGCUUUGACGGCAGUCCAUCAUUUGUACACUUUACAUAGAGGUGACACUUCGGCUAGAGUGCAAGAUAUGUCUUUCUCUUUUGACUCGAGAUGGGUCACAGUUUCAACUCUAAGAGGAACUACCCAUGUAUUUCCGAUUUCUCCUUAUGGUGGUAAUAUCGGAGUUAGAACUCAUACUACACCACAUGUCGUUAAUAGGAUGUCUAGGUUUCACAGGUCGGCUGGGUUAACCUCAGAGGGUCGUUCUAACAGUCCGGUUUCCAUGUUUGAUUCUCCAGUAAGCUCUAGUUACCCUUAUGCAAACCCACGGUUUGCACCCUACCCUCACCCUACCGUGGUCAAUCCACUCGCCCAAUUAAGGCAACCUGUGUAUAUGCAGAACGUAGGCGCCUCCAUUCCUAGACAGGGCCGCCAACGACUGACCUCCUCAUCAGAAGACAAUAUAGCCCUGCGCGUUUCCACCUGUUUCGCUCAAGCUCGAGCUUGGAUCGACUCUAGCGCGACGCACCUAUCCAGGGACACAGCCCUGAAUAAAAACGUUAAACCGGUGGAAUCCCUGUUUAUUAUGAACUGUCACGGGAACCUAGUGCAGUAUGACUUGGAGCCCCAUCAUGCUAGUCAUAUACCCAAAGAAAAGGUCUGUGAUGAUUCUCCGGUCGAGCUAACGGUCACUGCCAAGGCCCAAUGGCGUUUACAAAGGCAACCACUUUCAAUAGAUAGACCAUUGCCUUUGCCUCAUCAGAGUUUAAUAUACGUUUUUGCAGCCGUUCCAAUAACCAUCAAGAAGUUUGAAAAUGGCAAUGAUGAUGAUUGGUUGUCUCAAGUAGAAAUUACAACACAUGCUGGACCUCAUAGGAGGUUAUGGAUGGGACCCCAGUUUACAUUUAAGACUUACGCUACAACUAGUGGCACCCCGCUGUCAUUGGCUGAUGCACAACCCCUGGAUCUCAACCGUUCUAAGCCAGUAAACAUGCCUAUCACCAAAGCAAAUGCUGUUCUCAUAGAGUCAAGUUCAGCCAGCAGUAGUGAACAAUCUUUGCUAGAUAUCUACAGAAAAAAUUGUGAGGAAAUGGGGACUGCAGGGGAGCAUCAGGUGCGAAAAGUCCUGUAUUCGAUCAAAGAAGAUUUAGCAGACGCCAUGAUAGAGUCACCAGGAGCUCGAGAUGCUGGUGGGGAACAGCUUAAUACAUCAACCGAAUAUAUUUACAAUCACAUCGAAGACCUGAGCAUAGGGAGUAGCUUUAGUUCUGUAAGCAGGGCGUCACCAACCCCGUCUCUUUGCGACACCCAGUUAAUGCACUUUCCAGGAGAUUCCAGUGGGUCUGUGUAGGACGCAUGCACGCGAGCAGUCCUGGGUAGGGAUAUUAGCGUGGUACCCCGAGAUGAAACAGGCUUUUGCACAACAAAACAAUACCUAUCCUUUUGAAACAUAUCACAUAUAUUGACAAUAAUUGUUAAAAACAAACUAACUCAAACUAGAAACACGUUCUAUGUACUUUCGGUAGUUUGAAAAUAAUCUUGGCAGAAUUGUAAAAGCCUGUUCGUUUAAUAGAAAAGUCAUUUAAUCUAAUAAUUAUUGUUUGAAAACGUUUGUUAAAUGAUGACGGAACCAAUUUGCUCGCUUUUCAAUGGUUCUUAUGCUAAUGUGUCUUUAUUUGGGUCUUUGGAAACACACAAGAACCUGAAAGCAUUAUAAUUUGGCUGUGCGAUUAGUUUCGUAAAACACAAAAGCUUGUUAGCCUGACGAUAGAUUUUUCAAUUCUCUUGGCCUGAUUUGAUUUAGUUCAGUAUGAUUUUGUACAUAAGGUAUCAGCUGGUAUUGAGGUUUUUUUCAAUGAAAAUUUAAGUACAUGUAUGAUAUUUAAAAAGCAACUAUAUAACAUAUUACGAUCUUUGAAACCCACUUUGCUGUAAAUCUGCUUAUUUUUUUUUGUAGGUAUAUUUUUAAGUACAAGCCAAUAAAGUCUGAAAUAUUCUCUGGUAUUGCAGCUAUAUAGUUAGUCAAUUACAUUUAAAAUAUUUUAUUUGAAAAUCUUAAUACCAGCAAUAAAUAAUAAAUAUAAUUAUAUAUAGGUAGUUAGAUUUUACGUUUAGGUAUAAAUGUGUAUUUAAUCAAACUAAAGGAGAAAUGAACACGGUUAAGACUUAUUUUCUGUUUCGCUACUUCGAUAUUUUCUGGUAAAGGUCGCUCGAAGAAAUCUACUGUAUCCAGUGUUAUUUGCACCCAUACUUAUUUCGAAAAUUACCGAGUUUGCAGGCAAAUAUUUGAUAGUUGAGUUUUGAAAUAAGACAACUAAUAUUUAACUAUUUUUAUUUAAAUUUACCAAAUAUUAUUUAACAAAAUAUUUUUUCAAAUGCUGAGAUCUUAAAAUAUAUAACAAAUUGAAGUUGUUUAGAUGAACAGUUAAAAAUGAAUAACAGACUUACUCUGUGUGCUGAUUACGCAUAGAUAGGUAACAUUUUUUAUAUCGUUUAUUUUAUUUCUCAUAUUAUCUACAAAUAUUAUAUUGCCUCCCUCAAUAAGAUCUUAUAAUAGUAUGUAAAACUUUUUUUUAAAACUGUUGCUAUAGCUUUUGCAACAUUUGUUUUCGUGUUAUUCGCGACUUAAUUUUAUAAUAUUCAAUUUAAUUGAAAAUUGACUGUGAUCAGAUGUGAAUUGCUACUCAAUUUGCAUAUUUUAAAGCUAUGUAUGCAGGGUGUCCCAUACAAAAUUUGCUUAUAGGUCAGUCCUAGAUAUAUUUCAAUAGACAAUCCAAAUUUGAGAUUUUGUUACUUUGACUACUUCAAUACGUUAAGCCGUUAGAAGUGUUUUCUGAUAUUUUAAUAAAAAAGUACUUUAGUCUCGGACUAUUAGACACCUGAGAGUUAUAGUAUAAUUUUAAGAAAAUUGUAUUUUUACGUUACUUUCGGAUCAUAACUGUAAUUCAUUGUUACGCUUGCUAGCAAUAUCCACUUUAUUCUUAAUUUUAGUUAGCUUUUAGUUUAGCUUGAACCGACUAAACUGAAUUUUAAAAAACUGCGGCAUUUUCCGUAGAAUCUAUAGGAUUACUCGUUCCAUAUUUUUAAUGACUUUUAAAAGCCGUCGUCUUUCACAGCUUCCCAUGAAUUUUUCACCCAGGUACAAACUUCUGAAGCUAUUUGGCGUUGCCACCCAUUUAUACCACUCUUCUUCGCAUAAAAAUGUUCAAUAGUUUUUGAUAGAGACCUGUAAAAGCUGUAAUUGACUUAUGAGACUUCUAGAAAUUGCUACUAUUUCUGUAUUCGUUUCUUUUAGAUUCUGAUUCUGGAUUGAAUCGUUGUAUGCGGUCCGAAUCGAUUUUAUACUAACAUCGCAGAAAGCCUAUUUAAACAAUGCACCUGAACCUCUUGCUUAAAUCUUUGCGGUAUUCAGUCUGAUUUAAAGGAACAUUAAAAUAAGACGCGCCUCAUCCAUAUUUGCAAUUUGAUUUUGUCAGUUUGCAAGUCAUGUAUUUCUUGUUUCGAGAUACUUAAUGAAUUGCAUUUAAAUAAAUGUAAAAAUAUUUUUACAUUAUGUGACCUUUUUAUUUAGAAUUUUAUUAGUUUUGAUUGAUCGAAAUUUAUUAUCAAUAUGAAAUUUUGUCUGACUUUUUUACGAAAAUGUUGGAAUAUCCUAUAAAUGACUUACAGCAAUAAGGCAAGAACUAUGAGCUUCAUUUGAAACAAUAACUUUAAUGAAAUAAGUCAUGAAAACUUUUUGAUUAUUUUAAAAAAGUAAUCUAUUUUUAUCAUUUUGAGUUUUUAAGAUUAUUAAAAAGUUCCUGAAAAACUGGUGGAAUGUUUGGUAGUAAACACAUAAUAUAUUUAUGUUUUUCUUCCGUUAAUGGUCUAGUGGUGGUGUAUAAUGGAUGUAGCUUAACAUUUCCGUAAACUUUUGGUCUUCUACUUUUAAAUGAAAGAUCGAAAACGUGAAAUUUCGAAUCAUCUAAGUAACCUUUAUAAAAUAUUUCAUAAGGUUAAUUUUUCAAGAAUCUCAUCAAUUGUAUUUACAGCCAAGAGUAUUUCUUCAUCUACACUUUUCUAUUAAUUGAUAAUAAACUCAGGGUUGCAUAAAAACGAGUGAAAGACGGCCACACGCCAUUCUCAAGUUAUGUUUGUUUGAUUUCUUUAAUUUUUUGACUUAGACCACUUUCAUAAUUAACACUAAAUUAAUUCCAGAUAAUGUUAAAGUUACAACCACCAUCUAAUGGUUCAUUUUUGACGAUAUCGUCAAAAUUACAUUGAAUAAAUUUAGUUUAAAACAUUGUAGUGUGGGACAACUGAUAGUAUUUUUUUUACUUUGACUUAGACCACUCAUAAUUAUGGACACAUAUAUGGUCUUUUUAUAUAUCUGAAGCACCAAGGCGGUGAUUGGGUAAAAUCUAUGUCUAUCAGCAUUAGCAAUAAAAAUUGGCAUGCUUCGAUUAUUUGUUAUCUAAUUUUUUACUGUACUUCUGGUUCUAGCCAUUUUUGCUAGGAGCGACCGAAAUAUUUUCUUGUCUUUACUUAGCAGUUUUAAUUGUUCCUCUUGUCUUCUCGAUGGACUGAAAUUUCGUUCUGCAGCUCUGUUUCCAUAUUGUUUUGCAGAAUGCAAAUCACAUUUAGUUUAUUCGUCGAGAUAUAUGAAAUUUUAUUGUUUUUUACUCAUUUACACAAAUUAAAAAAAAACUUUUCUAAUAGUUAUAAAAUUAAUUCAAAUGAAUCGCACAAAAGGUGUACUCGUAUCUGCUUUUGUAAUCGUACAAACGCACAUACGAUUACAGGCUGAGCCUAAUAAUAGCUAUCGGCGAUCAUAAACAUGUGGUGUAGGAAAUUUGGUGCUUAUCCCGCAUGUCUUGAGAUAACUUGCGGCAUUGUUACUUACAGUAGCGUGUCGUAUUUUUGGGACUAUAAGACCUUCCUUAAGUAUAGAUAUUUUAAGUUACCUUCAGACCAUAAGACCACCCAAUAGUUUCUCAUCGCAAACUUUGUUUUUUUUUUAAUUUUAUUAGAAUGGGACAUCUUGUAUAUAGGUGAAGAACUUUUUCGAAAACUGUAUAAUGUCGAUAUACGUAUGGGUUCAUUUGAAACCGGGCUUUCUGUACAAAACAACAGUCGAUACUAUUAUAGUAAAAAAGUCCUAAUAUUAAUAGCAACUUUAGAAGGGUUCAGUAAAUACUUUUUAGACACACCAUAGAAACUGUUGAGCAGCCUAAAUAGUCCAAUGUAUAAAACUUUGAAGUUUGACUGCUGUUUUGCUACAAGUCUGUAUCUGUUAACUUAACGAAACCACACGAAAACAUUAAAACAUAGUGAUAUUUACUCUUGAUUUCAGUCAGGAUCAAAACAAAUAUGUGAUAAACGGGCAGAAGUGUGAUUAUUUACUUCGUAAGUACAUUUUAGCUAAAUCCUUAGGUAAUCUAUAGAUGUAGGUUUAUUUACUUUUCUAUAAUCGGAUAAUAUUAGGCUCAGGUGUUCGCUGAUAGCAUAGCUGUAGCAGGGUAUUUUAAAUGAAAAAAAAGGCUAUCAAAGGACAAAUCGAUAAAGUGUGUUUUAGGUAUGCGGAAUGAACCAACACUAUUUAAAUCGCUUUAAAUCCAUAACGGUUGAAUUAUCAACUACUUUUAUGCUUUUUAUUUUCAACUUCUUUUUAUUGGUGCCUUCGGAGACGUAUGAUUUUCUUGAGCGGUCCGCAAUCGCGACGUCGUACCGGGCACGGCCCAAAAGCCACGGUGCUAAAGCACUAAGAGCCGAUUCACACGGGCCACUCUGCAGCGCUUCUCAGUGGCGCUGCUGAUAAACGCGUUUUGAAGAUACAUUGAUUUAUAUGUAGAUAUUCACACGGGCGCGACCACCGAUUUAGCAGCGCUUCUGUAGCGUUCAGUGGUUGACUACCGCCGAGAAGCGCACUAAUAGCGAUACAUUGGUUCAAAUGCUGACGUUUACACGAGCCACUUCAGUCUGCUUCAGGUUAACGUGAGCUUCUCAGCAGUGCCACCGAGAAGCGCUGUAGUGGCUGGUACAAUGUUUGCAUGCGCUUAUCAGAAGCGCUGCAGUGGCCGGUGUGAAAAGGCUCUAAUGAUCACAAUUUUUGUGACGCGAGUGUAGAGCGGCGUUUGAAUAUUUUCUAUCACCGAUCUUGUUUAUGUUUGAUAGACCUAUUUCUUAUAGCAGAUUAUUGUUUGUGAAUGUUAACUGGAUCGCUUUGAAUCCAGAAACUUACCAAAAUGAAUCAUCUAUGGCGAGCAUAUUGAGCAACGAUUUCUUUUUGUUGCCUUUAAACAUUCGCAGGCGUUCUUCAAUGAGCCUACAGCUUAUGAAUGGCGAAAACUAGCUUGCUCUAGCGGUAUUUGAUUUUAAUUAUGUUUCAAGUUUCUAGAAGAAAAUUGAUAAUUUUUUAAAACUGAAACUACUUUUUAAUAUCACUGGAAUUUUAAAUCGAGCUUUAGCAAAUUCAUGAAUAUUUGGUCAUUUCUGCUGUUUGUUUAAUUGGAAACAAUUUUUCGAGUAGCUGUUUUCUACAAAAUUUCUGAUCUGUCCUUUUCGUUAUUGUGUGUAUUGGAUUUAAUUUAUUAAAUAAUUAUUUUUUCGUACCCAUUCGGUAGGGUACAUUCCAAAUUUCUUUAAUUCGGUUUAUUUUUAAUAAAGUCAUUUUAAUGUCUUGUUCAUAUAUUCUAGAAAACGUAUUUGAAUUAAAAUUAUUUAGUCAACGAAUAUUUAUGGCAAUAAUGUCAUGGAUACGAAUCAUCUAUGAACAUAUUCUGGAAAAUCGAAUCAAAUUUUGAAAAAUUGGGACAAUACCAAAAGGAAAAAACAAUCAAUGUUAACUUAAAUAACCCAAAUAGUUGACUGUGACCAUUUGAGAUUAAGAUGAGUAUUAUUUAAGACGAAACAGAAAGUAGCAAAAAUUAAUCUUAUUUUAUAGAAUGUUUCAGACUGGUUCUGAAAUCCUAUCUUUGCUUCAUUCCGUAUACGUGGAUAUUCCAAAGCUACUCCAUUUGGAUAUUUCUUGUUAUUUUUAUUAAGCUACCUGUUCUCAAUAAUUUUAGUUAGUGUUACAAAUAUAGGAAAUGUAUAUGUUUUCAUUAUAGUCAAUUGUUUAGUUUUUUGAAUGGCAAAAUGCGUUUUUAGUGUUUCAGUUGCAAUAUGUGAGUAUAAAAUAUUCGACGAAGUCCGUAUACAUUUUGCCUGUAAAAUGUCACCAUAGGUGUUUUUUUUAGACUGAUUUUUGCAAUAAUAUUGUGUCGAUUCUUUGCACUAUUGGUCUUUUAGGACUUUCAACUGAUAGUUCAGUUGGUUGGAGUUUCCUAUUGUGUUUCGUUGUAAAAAAAUGCCUUUUAUGUUGCAAUAUAAAUGUAAUACGGGCAUAUAAAUGUAAGAGAGAGAUGUACGUUUAGACACAUUAUUUUGUAAUAGAAAUUUUGUACCGGAAUAAAACAAAUAUGGUAAUCAAA